UCAUUGAUUACUGAGAGCUCACUUGUCCCGUAACACCGGCUAGGCGUGGACGUACUUCUAGAGCGAGGGCUCAAGUAGACUCUAGCUUUCACCGCAGCUCGUCGCUACACACUCUACAAGAACCAUGUGGAAGUUCGUCCUCCCCUUCGUAGCACUUCUAGCAACAUUUUCAGAUGGACAGACCAUCAACAAAGAAGUCGGCUCCUUCCAACAGUUUGAAUGUGACGUCAACUUCCCAUCUACGUACCUACUAAACUGGAUGCGUGGAGAUGAGAUCGUCAUACGGUACCUGUCUGCUAAUGACGCCAUCACGGCGACGUCAGCAAACUUUACUGGACGUGUGUCCAUAAUAGGGGCGCAGAGGACGCUGGGUAUUACGUCACUGAGGAUAACCGACGCAGGACAGUUCUUCUGUAGUGUGCACGAUCUGGCGACGGUGAACGAUGAAACCAACUCUGCAAGACAAACUCUGUUUGUGUACACUCGCCCCACAGUGACACUACCUUAUUCGGAAUAUGUCGUCGACGCCGGAGGUGACGUCACAUUCACGUGCACAGUCACGAGUUACCCAUCAUCCAAUGUGACCUGGGAACAUCCGGAUGGAACCAGGUCUACUGGAGACGUACUACGCCUGCGCAAUGCGACGUCACAGAGUCAAGGACAGUACCGCUGUUCUGCUGAUAAUGGAUUCGGAACUGGCAUGCAGUAUGUCAACCUUGUCGUGCGAGGUGGGAAUAUCUCUAGUUGAAUGUUAUGCAACAAA